AUUCGAUUCGUCCAAGUGGCGUGUCAGCAUGGCCACCGAGACGACGACGACGUCGGCGGCAUCCACGAAGCCUUUGCAUGUGUCGGACAGGCUGAAGCGAAAGCGCGAAAAGUCCAAGGCGAUGAAGGACGGCGAGUGGACGCAGUGCAUGUUUAAGCUGAAGCGUAAGAACCGCUUGUGCAACGUGGCAAGAGUGGAAGGAUCUCUCUACUGCGGCAACCACAUCGUGGACGAAGAGGGUGUGACGAGCCAAAAGACGAAGAAGCACAAGCAGGAGCUGUGCAAACGCGUACCAUGCACGUUGGACCCGUCGCACACUGUCUACUUAUUCGACCUCAAGAAGCACCUCGUGAUUUGUAACAAGCUCAAGGAAGCCGAAGCUAUGCGUAGUCUCCCGUUCUACUCGGAAAACAUCAACUCCGGAACCCACGCUGCGGGCUCGGACCACGUCGCUCCACCAGUCGAUGAAGCGUUGCAUGUCGAUGAUGCCAAUGUCGACGAGCAUUCAUGUCCGUCCUCUGCCAAGCAAGCCAGUCUUUUUCAAACUCUUGCUGCGAUGGAUUUCAACUCGCUUGCCGCGAAAAUUAAAUCUGCAUACGAUGCCAACGUUCCUUCGAUUCCGACGCAGAAGCUGGAUCAUGCUGCGUGCACUGCGCUGCUUAAAGAGAAGCAAGCGGCGGGAGCGAACCACAGCGUCCUGCGCCACAUCCAGCAGCAAGCCUCCAUUCUCGGGCACAUGGAGGCCAAGCACCUCCUGCGUCCGUCCCACGUGUACUGCGAACUGGGUGCGGGUCGAGCGAUGUUGUCGCUUGCGCUGACGCAAAUAUACCCCUCGUCUCCGUUCGUGCUCAUCGACCGCGCCGGUUCCCGCGGCAAGGCGGACCAGCAUAUUGCGACGGAAAACAAAUGCACCCGCGCCAAGAUCGACAUUCGACAUCUCAACUUGGCCAAAAUGGAACAAGUCGCGAACCAGCCUCUUGUAUGCCUCUCCAAGCACCUGUGCGGCGUCGCGACUGACUUGUCGCUGCGAGCACUGGCCAACACGCUUCCUCCAUCCGAGGGCUCCGCUGGUUCGGUCCCUCCACCGAUAACCAGCCAUUUCGUCGGCCUCGCCAUCGCUCUGUGCUGCCACCAUGCGUGCAGGUGGGAAGACUAUGUCCAUCCCCAGUAUUUUCUCGAUAUGGUGCGUUCGACCAUUAUUUGGGUAAAUGACCAAGACACGUGCAUUCGGGUGUCGGCAGGGGUUCACGGUCGCCGAAUUCAAGCUCAUGGUGUCGCUGUCUGGAUGGGCGACGUGCGGCAUGUCCACGGAUGGUGGAGCUGUCGAGAGCGUCCUGGGACUCAACCGGGCCGACCGAACGCAAUUGGGGCGGCAAUGCAAGCGACUUCUUGACAUGGGACGAGUGCACUACUUGCGCGAGCGAGGCGUUCGCGCUGAAUUGGUGCACUACUGCGAGCAAGACGAGAGUUUGGAGAACUGCUUGUUGCUGGCAUGGCAGGAUCCAGAAGCCGACCAACGUAGUUAGGACAUGGUUAAUCGUCGUCGAUGGUAAUUGCGUUGGGCAAAGGACUGGGUAAACUUGCAGCUCGACUGGGCGACGACGCGUUCACAGUGGUGUCGUUCGGGAAGCACCACACUGCCACUUCAAACGACGCCAUCGAACGGGGGGCAAAAUUUGACUUGGAUUGAGACAACAAGACGUUGUACCCUCGCGAGUUGCGUCGCACUUCAUACGCAAACUUGAUUCGCGGGAGAACGCAUUCUCGGAGGCCGGUCGCGUCCACCUUCUUGGUCGUCGGUUGAUCUAACGCAAGGACCUGCGCCCGUACAGCGGGCCAUUCGUCCGGACUUUGCAGCCGUUCUACUAUUUGCUCAAAGUACGUCGGGUCCGGCGACGUCUCGUUGAACCAUGUCAAGUCGCUCUCUUGCGAGAUGUAGAUGACGAUGGGCACGACCUGCCCGAUCGGAUCGCUCUCGUUCAAGAUCGCAUGGACGACAUUCUUGUGGUGGAACAUGG